GCCAAUCAUUAAGCUCUCCCACAGUUGCCACUCUGUGUCACAGAGUCUAUAAUGGAGCAAGAGCUGGACCUGGAGCUCAGCCUCCUCCACCCCUGCUCGCCUGCGGCGCAGGCGGUGCCGCCCGGCUUCUUCGUCUGCACCUACUGCGACCGCAAGUUCUACAGCUCGCAGGCGCUCGGCGGCCACCAGAACGCGCACAAGUACGAGCGCACCCUCGCCAAGCGCCGCCGGGAGAUCGCCGCCGCCAUGCGCGCGCACGGCGCCCGGGUCGACGGCGCGGCCGGAAGCGGCAGGCCCGGAGGCGCCGCCGGAGGAGGAGGAGUCGAUGACGUAGCUGCAGGCGCCGAGGCUUUGAUGGCGAGGCUGCUGACCUCGCAUCAAGCUGGUCCGGUGCCUGGGCAAUCUAGCGGCGGCGGCCAUCUGCGCAACAAGAGCAUCAGCUCGUUGGAGCACGGCGUCGAGCGCGCCGACGAGCUGGACUUGUCGCUCAAACUAUAAACUUGGGUUGUUCUUGGCUUCUUGCCUUCUAUUGCACCUCUGCAUUAUUUCUACCCUUUGGCUUUUUUGCCUGCUUUCUAUACUAGACUAGAAAACUUGGCACGGCUUGCCGUGCCAUUACGGUGAUUGGGCUAGUGUUCUGCUUUACAAUUUGUUUUAGUUGACGUGUGAGGUUCAAAACUUUAAGUUACAUGAAAUUUUCUAGUGGUAACCUUUUUUUUUU